AUGUCUUUCACAUCCACAUUUGCAGAACAUGGGGUUCGUCGACUAUUCUCAACGAGUCCACAGCGACUAAGAAUUUUGGGAUCCAAAAUUAAAGGACAAGAGACAAAUCUCCAGAAAGUAAAUAAUCAACUCAGGUACAAAAUCAUUGACCAUGAGUAUGACUGUGUCGUUGUCGGAGCCGGCGGAGCAGGUUUGAGAGCAGCUUUUGGUUUAGCCUCCGAAGGAUACAAGACUGCAUGUAUAUCAAAGCUAUUUCCAACAAGAUCGCACACAGUUGCAGCCCAAGGUGGAAUUAAUGCAGCAUUGGGCAAUAUGCACAAAGAUGAUUGGCAUUGGCAUAUGUAUGAUACAGUGAAGGGAUCUGAUUGGCUUGGUGAUCAGGACGCAAUCCACUAUAUGACAAGAGAGGCGCCAGUCUCUAUUUACGAACUUGAACAAUACGGUGUGCCGUUUUCGAGAAAUGAGGAAGGAAGAAUUUACCAAAGAGCGUUUGGUGGACAAUCAAAAGAAUAUGGUAAAGGUGGCCAGGCAUAUAGGACAUGUGCUGUUGCAGACAGGACUGGACAUGCAUUAUUGCAUUCUCUUUAUGGUCAGUCAUUGAGACAUGAUUGUCAUUUCUAUAUUGAGUUUUUUGCAAUGGAUUUGUUGAUGCAAGAUGGAGAAUGUGUUGGAGUAAUUGCAUAUAAUCAAGAAGAUGGGACUUUGCAUAGAUUUAGAGCACACAAGACCAUUGUUGCGACUGGUGGGUAUGGCAGAGCUUAUUUUUCUUGUACAUCGGCACAUACGUGUACUGGAGAUGGGUAUGCAAUGGUCUCGAGAGCAGGGUUGCCGUUGGAAGAUUUAGAGUUUAUACAGUUCCACCCAUCUGGAAUAUAUGGUUCUGGAUGCUUAAUCACGGAAGGUGCUAGAGGCGAAGGUGGUUUCUUGGUCAAUUCAGAAGGUGAACGGUUUAUGGAAAGAUACGCACCCACGGCCAAGGAUUUGGCUUGCAGAGAUGUUGUUUCAAGAGCCAUUACUAUGGAGAUUAACGAAGGGCGAGGUGUUGGCCCUGAAAAGGACCAUAUGUAUUUGCAACUCCACCACCUUCCACCAGCGGUAUUGAAAGAAAGGUUACCCGGUAUUUCCGAGACGGCACAUAUUUUUGCUGGUGUUGAUGUUACAAAAGAACCCAUACCUAUUUUACCAACUGUACAUUACAACAUGGGUGGUAUCCCAACGAAAUGGAAUGGAGAAGUGAUUAAAAAAAAUGCAAAUGGAGAAGACGAGGUUGUUCCAGGGCUCUUGGCUUGCGGUGAAGUUGCCUGUGCGUCAGUACAUGGUGCCAACAGAUUAGGUGCUAAUUCGUUAUUAGAUUUAGUGGUAUUUGGGAGAGCAGUUUCACAUACCAUUCGUGAUUCAUUAAAGCCCCGAACUCCAUUGAAACCAAUGGAUUACUCGUUGGGAAAAGAGUCAAUAGAAAAUCUACACAAGUUGCGAACUGCCAAUGGAAAUAGAUCGACUGCAGAGAUUAGACUAGAAAUGCAAAAGACAAUGCAAAAGGGUUGUGCAGUAUUUAGAACCCAGGAUACUUUAGAUAUUUGCGCUCAACACAUUAAUGAAGUAGAUAAGCAAUUUGUCAAUGUGAAAACAACCGAUAGGUCCAUGAUAUGGAAUAGCGAUUUGGUAGAGACUAUGGAGUUGCAAAAUCUUCUCACAUGUGCUACCCAAACUGCAGCAUCAGCAGCAGCAAGGAAGGAGUCAAGAGGUGCUCACGCCCGUGAAGAUUAUCCUGAAAGAGAUGAUGUCAACUGGUGGAAGCAUUCACUUUCGUACCAGCUGCACUCUGGUGCUCCAGUAAAAUUGGACUACAGAGAUGUUGUCAAGACCACAUUAGACGAAAAUGAGUGUAAGCCGGUUCCUCCAACAGUUAGGGCGUACUGA